AAGCAAAGAAUAAAGCAAAGAAACACCCUCCUCUUAUUUUUCUCCCUCUUAUCUUUUUGUUCGGUAAAGUAACGAGGGAAUAGUUCUAUCACUCAUCAAACGUUUUCCCAUAUGAUCUAACUCAUAGUCUCACACAAAUACUCCAUCAAUUAGAGAGAGUUAACACUACAGAGAGACAUGGACGAGGUAGAGCACCGAAUAAUGAGCGUCAAUGGCAUAAACAUGCACAUAGCUGAGAAGGGUCAAGGCCCAUUGAUCCUCUUCAUCCAUGGCUUCCCCGACCUAUGGUACUCAUGGCGCCACCAGAUCACAGCUCUUGCUUCCCUUGGUUACCGCUGUGUGGCGCCGGACCUCCGUGGCUUCGGUGACACCACCGUGCCGGCCACACCCACCUCAUACACGAGCCUCCAUGUCGUCGGUGACCUCAUCGGGCUGCUAGACGCCAUAGCCAACGACCAAGAGAAGGUGUUUGUGGUGGGUCAUGACUGGGGAGCCCUAACUGCUUGGUAUCUUUCCCUCUAUCGACCAGAUAGAAUCAAAGCUAUGGUUAACUUGAGCGUGGCUUUCAGUCCAAGAAACCCAAAAAGAAAGCCCCUUGAGACCUUAAGAGCAGUGUAUGGAAAUGACUACUAUAUCUGCAGGUUUCAGGAGCCUGGAGAUAUAGAAGCUGAGUUUGCAGAGAUUGGGACUGAAAGAGUACUGAAGGAAUUCCUCACAUACCGCAACCCGGGUCCACUUUAUCUACCUAAGGGUAAAGGGUUUGGACAUCCAACUGAUUCUCCCAUAGUCUUGCCCUCAUGGCUAUCAGAAGAAGAAUGCAACUACUAUGCCAGCAAAUAUGACAAGACUGGCUUCACAGGGGGAUUGAACUACUAUAGAAAUUUGGAUCUAAAUUGGGAGCUCACUGCUCCCUGGACAGGUGCUCAAGUCAAAGUUCCAGUUAAGUUUAUUGUGGGCGAUCUUGACCUGACCUAUAAUGCACCCGGUGCAAAGGAUUACAUUCACAAAGGAGGAUUCAAGAAAGAUGUGCCGCUUCUGGAGGAUGUGGUUGUGAUUGAAGGGGCAGGGCAUUUCGUCCAUCAAGAAAGGGCUGAUGAGAUCAACAAGCACAUCUACGAUUUCUUUCAAAAUGUCAUUUGAGAGAGCCGAGAAAGCUUAUUGGAUUAAGGGGUGAAAAAAAUGAAACAUCUUGCAGACCUAUAAUAAAGGCAGAUUUAUCUAAUAUCCCUUUUCCCCAGUAGUGAACAUAGUAAUUGAAGACGUUUGCAUCUUAACCUUCAUGGUAACAUAUAAGAAAGGUUUUCAGAUGAUCAAACCUUUUGUAUGCAGGUGUUGUUUCCAUAACAGAGAUAAGUACUGUUACUUCCAUACUGUUUCGUUUUUACCGUAAUGUUAUAUUUGCCAUCAUCAUAAUUC